GGUCCACGUGGUGUAGAUAUGUGAUUGAUUAUUUCAAAAGUUUCUAUAAAAUAUACCAAUUAUGACACAUUACAACUUCAAAAACAUCGUGGUUGUUCCAACUGCGAAAGACUUCACGGACAUUAUUUUGUCGAAAACUCAACGGAAGACUCCUACGGUGAUUCACAAACAUUGUAAGAUAUCAAGAAUCAGAGCAUUUUAUAUGCGAAAAGUCAAGUUCACGCAGCAAAAUUUUCAUGAUAAAUAAACACAAAUCAGUACAGAUUUCCCCAAACUAGAGGACAUACACCCAUUUUUUGCAGAUUUAAUGAAUGUUCUUUAUGAUAAAGAUCUUUACAAAUUAGCUUUAGGCCAACUAAGUACUGCUUGGCAUUUAAUUGACAAUGUUGCUAAGGAUUAUUGCCGUCUCAUGAAAUAUGGAGAUUCUCUUUACCGGUGUAAACUAUUGAAGAAAGCUGCCCUUGGAAGGAUGGCAACUAUAAUGAAGCGUCAGAAUCAAAGUCUUCAAUAUUUGGAGCAAGUCUGUCAGCAUAUAUCUCGUUUGCCAUCUAUAGAUCCCAAUACACAUACUCUGCUCAUUUGUGGAUUUCCUAAUGUUGGAAAGUCCAGUUUCAUAAACAAGAUUACAAGAGCAGAAGUUGAUGUACAACCUAAUGCCUUUACGACCAAAUCAUUGUUUGUGGGUCACACAGAUUACAGAUAUUUGCGAUGGUAGGUGAUAGAUAGUCCAGGUAUUCUUGAUCAUCCACUUGAAGACAGAAAUACAAUUGAAAUGCAAGCAAUCACAGCUUUAGCUCAUCUGCGUGCAUGUAUUAUAUUUGUUAUCGACCCUUCUGAACAAUGUAAUCAUUUUGAAGAACUGAUAGAGCUUUUGAACAGUAUUAAAUCUCAGUUUUUAAACAAGCCAACAGUAACUGUUGCUAACAAAUCAGAUAUUAUACGACAGGAAGAGUUACCUGCUGAAAAAAAGCAAAAAAUUGAGGCUUUAAAAGAAGAGGGUUUCCCAUUGUUGCAUAUGAGUACUUUAAGUGGUGAAAGCGUCAUUGAAUUGAGAAAUGCGGCUUGUGAUUGCUUAUUGGCUCAUCGUGUAGAAGUAAAAAUGAAAGGGAAGAAAGCUGCUGGAAUUUUAAAUAGGCUGCAAAUUGUUGAACCUAAACCAAGAGAAGACAAAUUAAGGCUGCCUUCUGUUCCUGCAAAAGUUCUGGAAAAGAAACAACAAAUGGAUGUUGACUCUAAGAAAGACAAGAAAUUGGAGCGAGAUAUAGAAAUAGAACUUGGUGAUGAUUAUAUCCUUGACUUGAAUAAUUAUGUCAUUCCUGAUGACCAAAAGUAUGAUGUCAUUCCUGAACUCUGGGAAGGACAUAGUAUUGCAGAUUUCAUUAUCCAGAAUUGA